GCCCAGAAACGACUGUGCGACCCGGCGGGAGUCUGCGCCAUGGCGGUGGCGGCGUUUCUAGGUCGCGCGCCGGCUACAGCGUGGAGAACGGCAAGAUCCCCCCUUCUGUGUCAUUCUUUGAGGAAAACAAGUUCUUCUCAAGGAGAAAAGUCUGAACCUAUCAAACAACCCCUUAAGAAGCCAAACUUACCACAAGGUCGUUUUGAUGCACCAGAAGAUGAUUCCCAUUUAGAGAAAGAACCACUGACCAGGUUUCCAGAUGAUGUUAAUCCUGUUACCAAAGAAAGAGGUGGACCCAGGGGCCCAGAACCUACCCGAUAUGGAGAUUGGGAACGAAAAGGACGCUGUAUUGAUUUUUAAGCACAUAUUCUUUAAUCUCAUUAUCUUUUUCUGAAUACAUACAUCUGAAUUAACUUAUUUCUGAUUAUUUUCUUUCUGCAUAUCCUUUAAUCUUCUAAUUUCUAUAAUGUAUUUAAAAGUAUACUAGUAGCCGGCGGUGGCGCGCGCCUGUAGUCCCAGCUACUCGGGAGGCUGAGGCUGGAGGAUCGCUUGAGCCCAGGAGUUCUGGGCUGUAGUGCGCUGUGCCCAUCGGGUGUCCGCACUAAGUUCGGCAUCAAUAUGGUGACCUCCCGGGAGCGGGGGGCCACCAGGUUGCCUAAGGAGGGGUGAACCGGCCCAGGUCAGAGACAGAGCAGGUCAAAGCUCCCGUGCUGAUCAGUAGUGGGAUCGCGCCGGUGAAUAGCCACUGCACUCCAGCCUGGGCAACAUAGUGAGACCCUGUCUCUAAAAAAAAUAAAUAAAAAAUAAAAGUAUACUAGUAUAUGAUGGCUUUGGAAAAAAAUAUGCUGCUAUAAGUUAGGAAAGGGAAAAUAUGUCUGCAUUAACACAUUAAUUUUAACUUAAAUGUAUUGGAGUAUAUAAGUGAUGAUUAGAAUUGUACACUUCUUUCAUCAGGUCUUAGUUUAAUCAGCUGCUUAUAAAAUGAAAAUGUAAAUAAAGCAACUUUUUAAAAAUGA